UUCUCAUGAACUGCCAUAAUGGUUGAAGCUGAACCUCGAAGUAUUGCCAUUGUGGGCGGUGGCGUCGCAGGAGAGUCGCGCAAAGACCUGGGGCCAAGCAAAGUCCGGAGGAUUGCAAGCGCUCCAUUCAUUGCUUCAGCUCCCUCGAGUGGAGAAGAUUGUCCUUUUCGAGAAGUCAGAUACCAUCGGCGGCGUGUGGCGUGAGAACUACUUUGGCUAUGGAGCACAGGUGAAGCGAGACCAGUAUUCCUUUCCGGAGUUGGGACCAGCAGGCUUGGACCUAUAUCCCACCGGAGCUCAGCUGAAGGCUCACUGCCACGCCUACUGCGAGACCUUCGGCCUAUGGCCCUACAUCCGCCUGAGCACCGAUGUUCAGCACCUCACCCGUCGGGCCGGGCCUUCCGGCUUCCGGGUGGCCUGGAAGAGGGCUUCCGAUGCCGAGAGCGAGGAGGAGGAUGGAUGACAGCACAAUUCGCCUCACUGCUGUGGAUUUUGGAGAAGGGAUGAUCUUGGCAGGUUUUUGUGAGGACUUCGACUUUGUCGUCAUGGCUGUGGGGAACUUCUCCAAGCCCUUCAUUCCCGAGCUGAACCACUCGCACUUCAUGGGGAGGAUCCUUCAUAGCUCUGAGCUGGUGGAUCCUGAGAUGCUACAGAACCACCAUGUGGUCGUCGUGGGCUACGGGAAAUCGGCCCUCGAUUGCUUCAUUUUGGCUUCAAAGUUCGCAUCUUCAGCCACUCUGGUGGCUCGACGCCCCGCGUGGAUCCUACCACAGAGAUUCCUGGGAUGCUCGGACUGGAGAAG